AAAUGACAAUAGUGGAACGAGUGAAUGUAGUGCUUGCAAACCGCCAAUUUGUUGUCGAACAGCAGUUUUAUUUGAAUAUACGGCACAUCAAUAUCCAAGACCUGCUUGCGCAGUUUUUUUUGUUUUUUUUUGUUGCAUUUUAUAGAAUAUUCUUUAUUUUUCUUUCGCGCAUUUCAAAUAUCUGGAAUUAAAUGUCAUUUUGCAUUUUUACAUUAUCUUUACAGAAGAAGAAAAUAACUCGCUUUUAUGCGUCUGUUCCUGUGCUGUAAAGUAGAUUUGAAUGAAAAUGGGCAGAAGGAAAGUUGAACAGGAAACUCCGGUGAGAAGGUCCUCCCGCCUUAGGGAUAUCCCGCCCGAUAAGACAGGUAUUAUGGAACCCAGUCAACAAUCAGAAUCCAGGACAGAUGACUGGAUCGGACCUCACCUACGGAAAAGUAUAAAAGCUUAUAGAAAUCCCACAUCAGCACCAGAACCUACAUCAGAACCAGAACCCAACAGCAAACCUACUAAGGAAAAGGAAAUACCUGAUGAAGAUCCAAAGGAGAUUGCUCCAGCCAAGGUGCAUUCAACAAAAAUUCCUACUUACCAUGGGUCAACAGUGAAAAUUCCCCUUCCAAUGCAGAUAACAGCAGCAGAACCAAGAGUUAUGCUAGGAUUUAGGGUUCCUAUGAAAUUAGACAGAAGGGAAAUCACACCAGAGACAACCAGAUCAGACAGCCCCAUCUCAGAUCAAGGGGCCACACUGAAAGGAACUGACGAUGUACAGGAAAAACUUGUUUCUCCACCUGCAGAAACUGUAAAACAUAUUCCAAUCCAAUCAGUCUUGGAAGAAAAAGUCAAAGCUGAAAUUACUAAGCCUGACACAGAAAUCUUACAACCACGUACUAAACAGGACAGAUUGCCUAGAGGAAAAUUUGCUAAGCCAAACACUAUAAUGACUCUGAAAAACUUAAAACCCGUGACUACAGGACACACAAAAAAGAGGUACUUGUCAUUUUUGUGGCUAUUCCUUCUACCAAUACUUGCAGUGAUUUUGUGGUAUUACGAAAUUCCAAGAUCUGGCAAAGCCCUCCUUCAAGAGAUGUCAUUUGUCUCGGACCCAUCCAUUUUUGUAGGCAUGUUUAUGGGUCCAGAAGAGCUUUGUGAAUCUGACUGCAGCUUUCAGCUGGUUGAGAGCAUACCUACUGGGCUUGAAUACCCAGAAGGUAGUCCUCUGUAUCCAUCCAUAUUUCAAGCAUGGAAGCAUCUUUUAAAUGAAGCUAAUGGCAGCGUGGAUAUUGCAGCUUUUUACUUUACAUUAAGAGAUACAGAAUUGGAAAACUUAGAUCCUUCAGCUGAUCAGGGCAGGCAGAUCUUUGAAGCACUCUCUCAGCUGCAGCCUCGGGGAAUAAAGCUAAGCAUAGCAGUCAACAGUCCACAGUCUUCAGACCAAGACACCACAACUCUUUCUGAUACAGGUGCUGAGGUGCGUAACGUAGAUUUAAAGGUGCUGACUGGUGGAAUCAUUCACACAAAGUUGUGGGUUGUGGACAAAAAACAUGUUUAUGUUGGCAGUGCGAAUAUGGACUGGCGAUCUCUAACACAGGUAAAGGAAUUAGGUGCCACAGUUUAUAAUUGCAGCUGUUUGGCCCAAGAUAUGGAGAAGAUUUUCCAGAUGUACUUUUAUCUGGGAAAGAAAGAUCACUUCAUUCCAGCGCUCUGGCCUACUGAAUAUACUGCAGAUUCCAGUAAAGAGUACCCUCUUAGCCUUAAGCUUAAUGGUGUUCCAUCAAAAGUAUACUUAUCGAGUGCCCCUCCUUCUCUCUGUGGAGAUGGUCGCACUGAUGACUUGACUGCAAUUAUUGAUGUCAUCCAAGAUGCUCAGAAAUUCAUCUACAUUUCUGUCAUGGACUAUUUACCAAUGUCUGAAUAUAGUACACCCAAAAGGUUCUGGCCAACCAUUGACACUCAGCUUAGAGUUGCUGCUUGUGAGAAAAGAGUACAAGUGCGUUUGCUAGUGAGCUGCUGGGAGCAUUCAUAUCCUCCAAUGUUUGUCUUCCUUGAGUCCUUGGAUGUUCUAAAACAGAAACCACUGGAAUGCAAAAUAGAAGUGAAAAUAUUCCAUGUUGGCCCUAAUCCUGGCCAAAGGAAGAUUCCCUUUACCAGAGUGAAUCAUGCCAAGUACAUGGUGACUGACAGAGUAGCUUACAUAGGAACCUCUAACUGGUCCGAGAGUUACUUCACUCAAACAGCUGGAGUUGGAAUUGUGAUAAACCAGACAGAUGCUAGUGUGACUGAAGACCAGACCACUGUGCAAAACCAACUAGAGGCUGUUUUCCUUAGGGACUGGAAUUCUAAUCAUGCUGUUUUCUUGGAAAAGGAGCACAGUAAAAAAUGUCAUGUUCAUCAUAAUUAAACAAUUAUUGCUAAAUAGUAACAGUGUGAAAUCUUAGAAAAUGUAAUUCUAUCGUGCACCAAAGUCUCUUGCAUUUUUCACUGCUGUUUAGAAAUACAUAGUUCUCCACCUACAGGGCUUCAUAUGUGACUUUGCUUUCAUUAUCUAGUAAUCUCAGUGCCAAUACAUGCUUCAAAUGAAAUUCUUUACAGAAAAUGUUUCUUUUAUACAUUUUAUUUAGUGUUGGUAGUUACAUCAAUGUGAAGAAUACAAAAUAUACAUAACUUCUAAAGUUAAAAACUACAGCUAGAGUCAAAAUACAUGUAGUAGUCUUUAUAUCACUUUUCAUAUGUGUCAUUUGCUUGGUGCUUCAUGGAAUAAUUAUUUGAGUCCUCUUUGCUUAUUUUUAACAUUUAUCAUUGCGACCACUUUUGUGGGUUUUUUCUUUUUACUUCUAUGGCUCAGGAACUUUGAUUAGCAUCUCAGGAAUAUUGAUUUGUGCCAAUUCUAUUUUAAAAUGGUUUAUCUUGAAAGUUAAAGAUAUACAGGUGGAAUCCAGUUAUAACGAAACUCACAGAACCAUAAAAAUAUGUGUUGCCGGCGAUUCGUUGUGUCUAACAGCAGCGACGCAAGGACAGCUGCGUAGCGUCUGGUAAACAGUAAACCAAGGAAGGGCAAAGAACAGUAAUUGGUUGUCCUCGGCAAGAUCAGGGUUACCGCGUACCAUACCUGUCGCCUAAUGUUUAGAACAUUUAACACUGGGCUUUGAUCUGGUCUUCCUCAGACUCUACUGAUCUGUCUUCUCCAGACCGCGCCUGCCACAGCAGUGAUUACGAGCCGGUGUUCCAGUUCUAAUCUGAAGAUGUUAGCUAAAGCAGAACGAUUACCUAUGCCGCGGCUCCCAACAGCUCCUAUUCUGAAUGAAGUCUUGAGACCACCUUCCUUUUCUAUACAGUAAUAAAGUACGUCUUUUCCUUGAAAACUUGGACUCACCUUCCUGUCUCUUGUGCAACUGUGUGACCCAAAUUUGACAAUA